UUUGGAAUUACGUUUGUUUUGUCUUUAAAUUUAUCCUAAAUAGCCCUAAACCCAUGCCGUUAAGUAAAUUUGGUUAAACAUUUUUUUCUCAAGUAAAAAUAUCAAUAUAGAAAAGGACGAGGUGUAGACUCCAUCGUCGUUCUUGCGCAAUAUUCACGCCCACAACGUUCUCAUUGCUGUGCGGCAGGCAAUGCGUAAUCAAGACCGCCAGUAGGGCUGUUGACAUACAAGAGACAUUGGUGAACUAGGGAUUUACAUGUUUUAGAACUUUUACGACUUGCAAUAUCCAGAUCAUUUGCAGUGAACCAUGGACAACUCUCUGAAUAAAGCCAGGAAGAAAAGAAUGAUAAAGUAUGCAGUCCAGUUUCAACAAGUUGUCCCAUCGGAGCUGCUACCACAUCUUGAGUGUCUUCCAGAGCCAAGAAAGGAAAGAAUUAAAUGCGAACAAAAAAACCAUGGAGACAUAGCAGCAGCCAAUGAACUGGGGAUGACCUUGGUCAAAUGUGACAACUGGUUUGAACAGCUCAUCCCUGCAUUACGGGAAUUAGGCAUGGCGGAACUGGCCGACCUGUUGGAUGACCCCAAAGCAGAUGGGCUAGAAAACCACAAGAAUGCAUCUCAUCAGACAGGAGCUGCAUCUGCUCACCUGGAAAGGAAUCCUUGCAAGAGCCAAGCAAUGCCUACACCAUCAGGCAGACGCGCAAGCUCAAGGGUCACCCUUCAGACACCGUACAGCCAAUUGACUGCCAGAAUCCUGCAUGAAGUCAGGGCCUUGGAUAUGCCCAGUCCUGCUCACGGUAGUGAUUGGAAAGGUCUUGCAGGACAGCUAGGUUUCACCACAGAUGCCGUAGGACGCUUGGAAUCGCAGUCGGGAAGUCCAACUGAAGCCCUGCUCAGUGAGUGGGGAAAGGAGAGUGAUGCCACUCUUGGCAAGCUGAUGGAGACCCUGUGUGCUAUCCAGCGAGAGGACCUUAGCCAGAAAUUGGAAGAAUUGUUGCAUAUCCAUUUUGAAGCUAGAGGUGGCAACCAGAUUGACAACAAUGUUGAGGUAGAACCUACAGCAUCUGUUAGUACAACUGAGGUCAGUACUCAUGUUCCUCAUCAGCUACGGAACCAGCCCCCUGCCAUGCUCGACAAUCGAGCAGGGCCCUCAGUAAUGCCCGAAACAUCAAACGCCACGUCUAUGGGGCUGUCAGGCAACACUGGGGCUGAAGCAGUGACUGAGCCAGAAGAUCCCCUCGGUGGUCAACAGCCAAGUACUGUGGCAUCUCACGCAGGGGAAAGUCGUAGUGAAGGUACGACAGGGAUGAGCAUGCAUGAAGCCGAAAUGGAAUCGAAUGCACACCACAAGUCACAGAACAGCUUCACUGAAAUUACGAAAAGCAAGGCCGACAAAUUUGAGCAAGAUAUCAGACCCGAGAAUCAGGAUAAUACAGCUGAUAGGAAAUGGGCAAAUGGCCAGAUAUGUGAAGCGCCAGGCGCCCGAGUCCGCGAAACUAAUAGCGAGAUGCCGGUGAAUGAUUUGAACAGAAUCCACCAUGAAUCCAACCCAACCCAAGGGAAAGUCUUGCUUUCUACUGACCCAGAAACAUGCAGUGUAAAUAAUCCCGGGAACAGUGGCACCUAUUGGCCACUGUCUCCGGAUGCUGGCUAUAGUCCUCUCUGCACAGAUAAAUCACUGGAUGAAUCUGUAUCUCUCCAGAUGUCAGAUUCGAGUGUUCCAACAAAUGUGCCACCUACCUCGACCGUUGGUGCCACCGUGGGCGCAUCCACUCUUGUCACUAGUGAUGAUGUCACAUCUUCAACAUCAUCCUCAUCCAGAGAUGUAUCAUCAGAUGCAUCUUCCUCCUCUCCAAGUCUAUCAACCACUGCUUCUCCAUCUGUUGUUAAGCCAGCCACACGAGAAACCGGUGAAAGCCAUGCAUCUUGUAGAGAUGUCGCCACCAUACAGAUAUCCUCCCAAGGUGCCCCUGUCCAGCAGCCCACAGGGCCAUCCUCAUAUCUGCCCGAACAGUUCCAGAUCCCUUCAGGUGAUGGAGCGUUCUCUGAAGAUGCCUUGAUUAGAGCCAGCACUGGCCAAGCACUCUUCAAAGCCACAUCACAAGAAGCAGCAUCCAUCAGGACACAACAAGAUUCUCUCGGCAACCAGCCACCAGCAUCUACCCAACUCCAACCAAAUGAGGCGGAAACUGCACCUGACCGAGUCAGCAUGGAGACAGUACAUCCUGUUCACAAGCACCAGCAGAGACGAGGAAAAGCACAUCAGGAACCAUCACCAUUAGCUGAAGACAGGAAAGACCAUGACCAGGCCAGUCCAGCCAGCAGACCCAAGGAAGGUGACUUAGAAGCCAAUUCCCAGCCAUCAGGCAUCCUUAAACGGGAAGAAGCUGGUGGACAACCACAAUGCAUUCCUCCACUGUUUGAGCAACCACCAUGCACCACCGGGAUCCCAUCUGCUGAUCAGCUAUCCUCUGAUCAAAGCACCAAGAAGGAAGAUGUCUCCACUGACAGUCCUCAGGCCUCUGGAACCAGGAGCCUGGAAGCAUCUGGUUUGAGGACUCUUAAUGAAGAGGCAUCCCCCGAUCUUGUCAAUGCCCUUCCCAAUGGCUCAGGAAGGGAAUCCCCAGAGGCAGGUGCUGGAAAUGUAAAUACUGGAGUUGAGAAUGCUGCUGCAGAGCCCCGAGCAAGGGGAGCUGUCAGAGGUGUUGUGCUUGCCAUGCCAGUGGUCUUGUCACUGGCAGCUGCAGUGAUAAAAGGCGGGGACUUCUUUUCUAAUGCAUUCUAAUUUUGGCACUCUGAUCUGCUUUGACUUGACGAAAAUCAGUUUAUUGUAAAAUAAAAAAAUUGCAUGUAAAAAUGAGGAACCACAUGUGCUAUUUGCAGAACACUCCCCCAAGUCACCUGUGACAUGUCCAGGGAAAUCCCAAGGAUGGGAGCAUACAUGUAUAUGUCCACCCCCCCAUAUUUUGGUAGGUGAAAAAAAAUCAAGACAGAUUUUGAUGAAUUUCUUGGACUUCCAAACAAAUUUAAUGUAUUCAUUAAUAUUGAAAAAGGAAGGAGGAUUUAAAAAGCCAAGUUUUGCAGCAAGGUUCUGAGGUGCAGCAUACAUGUUAAGGGCUGCGUUCGAUCAGCUUACGCAUGACAACCCUGACCUGAGAAUGGUCAUGUGUGCUGUGUCAGACAAGUGAGAUGGUGGCAACCAGGUCAAAAGCCAUGUAACUUGUGGAAUCUAAUCGAAUGGCACCCUAUGAUGCACCUCAGUGUCAUGAACACUUCAACCAAUUGUCAUUUGGUGUCAGCAGCCCCACCCUUGUAUUGGGCCAAGACAGCAGAACUCAAUAGCGGACUCGAUAGAGCAUAUGCCGUGCCCACCGAUUUAUAUUGCGCCCUCUCAUGACUUCGUUUCACCAAUCGAUGGCUCAUUCUACCGUCUUGGGAAUCUCCUACAACCGAGGCAUUGCGUUUUGUGCCGAAUAGUAGUUUAAUAUGAAUAUCAUCACAGUUGACUCUAGGAUGCGAAAUAGGAUACAAAACAGACCGUGAGAGCAUUGGAGCAGGUUCGCAUCAAUAGCGUCAGCUUGUUAUUUCUUCAGUUUUGUUGUAGGAAGUCCUUUACAGGCUUACGUCUUCGCUCCUUGUUCCAAUGCAUCGAACCGCGGCCAUUAUCAAUGGUGACAGUACUGGUACUUUAGUAGUACGUUGAGCGUCACGUAGUAGUGCUUGUACAUGUACAUUAUAUAGUGUGAUAGGUCAUGUGAUGCAGGUCAUUGAUCCAUACUCAUCACGUACAGAUUCAACUGGAAUUUCUCGGGCGCUGAUUGGUUCCUCCAGAAAUCCGGAGGAAAAGUAAAGAAAAAGUUAAACGGUUUGUAGGAGAUUCCCAAGAUGAUAGAAUGAUCCGUCGAUUGGUGAAAUGAAGUCAUGAGAUGGCGCAAUAGAAAUCAGUGCUCACGGCAUAUGAUCAAUCGAGUCCGCUGGCGAGUUCUGCCAUCUUGGCCCAAGACUACCCCCUCCCGGAACUUGACAAAUUUUCAUUGCCAGGCAAUUUUUAAUGAAUGUCAUCCUCUUCCCCCCCUCCACUCCAGCACAGAUUUAUGCCGCUGGACACAUCAUCAUAAAGAGAUGUUUUAGAUUUAGUGUUUAAAAAUUGAUAAGCCUCGUCAUUAAGGUUUAAAUGGUUGUUGAUUUUCAUGAUUUAGCAUCCAGUUGCACAUAUAGAGUACAUGUAGAGUGCUGUUUAGACAAUUUAUUAGCCUCCUGUAUGGGAACAUUUGGUUUCUUCUGCAUGUAACUAUCUUGAAUGUGAAGGUUAUAUAUGGAAAGCAUUCUAAGUCAUCGGCUCUUGUAAAAUAAAGCAGGUCUUGCAAUUGGGUUCUCUAUGCUUAUAAUGUUGCCUUUUUUUACUUUCAGCGUGUAUUAUCUGGUUUGGAGUACAUAUACAUUUAUAUGCAAUUCAUUUUAGGCAGUUCUUAAAAUCAUCUCACAAUGGAUAGCAUUAUGAAUUCAGGAUAAUGGAAAACGUCAAAGAAAAAGAAAAUACUUUGAAAUACAUCUUCCUGAAGGCUGAAGGGUCGAAAACCUUGAGAAAACAUUUGGCCAAUUUUUUUUUGUUUCGUUUGGGGGGGGCAAGUUUGUAAUAAUGUGUGUGUCGUAUUAGAAACAAUUUGUCGUUUAAGGUAUUCGGUGAAGUAGAUAUCCAAAAUGUUUGCUGUACUGUAUACAAAUCUCUGAAAUAAGAGUAUCUCUGCCUAAUUUUUGCCUUGAAGCGACCUAA